AUGCUCUUUGAGGGCUUGGAGCUGGUGUCGGCGCUGGCCACCCUCGCCGCGUGCCUGGUGUCCGUGACGCUGCUGCUGGCCGUGUCGCAGCAGCUGUGGCAGCUGCGCUGGGCUGCCACACGCGACAAGAGCUGCAAGCUGCCGAUACCCAAGGGCUCCAUGGGCUUCCCGCUCAUCGGAGAGACCGGCCACUGGCUGCUACAGGGUUCCGGCUUCCAGUCGUCACGGAGGGAGAAGUAUGGCAACGUGUUCAAGACGCACUUGCUGGGGCGGCCGCUGAUCCGGGUGACCGGCGCGGAGAACGUGCGCAAGAUCCUCAUGGGUGAGCACCACCUUGUGAGCACCGAGUGGCCGCGCAGCGCGCGCAUGCUGCUGGGCCCCAACACGGUGGCCAACUCCAUCGGCGACAUCCACCGCAACAAGCGCAAGGUAUUCUCCAAGAUCUUCAGCCACGAGGCCCUGGAGAGUUACCUGCCCAAGAUCCAGCUGGUGAUACAGGACACGCUGCGUGCCUGGAGCAGCCACCCCGAGGCCAUCAAUGUGUACCAGGAGGCACAGAAGCUCACCUUCCGCAUGGCCAUCCGGGUGCUGCUGGGCUUCAGCAUCCCCGAGGAAGACCUCGGGCACCUCUUCGAGGUCUACCAGCAGUUUGUGGAGAACAUCUUCUCCCUGCCAGUCGACUUGCCCUUCAGUGGCUACCGGCGGGGCAUACAGGCUCGGCAGAUCCUGCAGAAGGGGCUGGAAAAGGCAAUCCGGGAGAAACUGCAGUGCACCCAGGGCAAGGACUACUCAGACGCCCUGGACAUCCUCAUUGAGAGCAGCAAGGAGCACGGGAAGGAGAUGAGCAUGCAGGAGCUGAAGGACGGGACCCUGGAGCUGAUCUUCGCGGCCUACGCCACCACAGCCAGCGCCAGCACCUCGCUCAUCAUGCAGCUGCUGAAGCACCCGGCCGUACUGGAGAAGCUGCGGGAGGAGCUGCGAGCCCAGGGUAUCCUGCACAGUGGCGGCUGCCCCUGCGAGGGCACCCUGCGCCUCGACACACUCAGCGGGCUGCGCUACCUGGACUGUGUCAUCAAGGAGGUCAUGCGCCUCUUCACACCCAUUUCUGGCGGCUACCGCACCGUGCUGCAGACCUUCGAGCUCGACGGUUUCCAGAUCCCCAAAGGCUGGAGUGUCAUGUACAGCAUCCGGGACACCCACGACACGGCACCCGUGUUCAAAGACGUGAACGUGUUCGACCCCGACCGCUUCAGCCAGGCGCGGCGCGAAGACAAGGAUGGCCGCUUCCAUUACCUGCCAUUUGGUGGCGGCGUCCGGACCUGCCUGGGCAAGCACCUGGCCAAGCUGUUCCUGAAGGUGCUGGCGGUGGAGCUGGCCAGCACCAGCCGCUUCGAGCUGGCCACCCGGACCUUCCCCCGCGUCACCUUGGUCCCUGUCGUGCACCCCGUGGAUGGCCUCAGCGUCAAGUUCUUCGGCCUAGACUCCAACCAGAACAAGAUCCUGCCGGAGACGGAGGCCAUGCUGAGCGCCACGGUCUAA